AUGGCUAGUAUAUUGGAUGUUGAAGGUUAUGCAGAUUGGCACCAUGUUACCACUAGGUUUAAAGAACACAAAAUUGCAUUGGAUCAUCUUACAAGUAGUAAUAAGUGGUUUAAUAUACGUAAAAGAAUGAACUUGAACGAUAAAGUUCAAUACGAGCAAUUCAAGAAAGAAAGAUAUUAUUGGAAACAAGUCCUUUUGAGAAUCAUUGCAGUAGUGAAGUUUCUUCCUAAACAUAAUUUAGCAUUUCGUAGAUCCAACAAAAAGUUGUAUAAAAAAGGUAAUGGAAUUUUUUGGGUGUCAUUCAAAUGUUGGAAGAGUUUAACCCGGUUAUCAAAGAGCAUGUGUGGCAUAUCACAAGUGAUGGAAUUCAUAAAAGGACUAUUUGAUAUUACACUUGAGGAGUUAAAGUCUCUCGGUCUUGAAAUUGAUGAUAUGCGUGGUCAAGGCUAUGAUAAUGGAGCAAACAUGAAAGGAAAACACCAAGGAGAAAGCCUAGUUGAGAGUGUAAAGGCUAUUAAACUGAAACUUGUUGAUAUACGAGAAGCUUUACUUCAAGUUGGAGAAAAAGGUAAUUAUGAUGCAAUUGCAAGUGAAGCAACUUCACUAGCAGAAAAAAUGGUAUGUUUGGAUUAUGAUUCUUGGAUCGUGAUGAUUGAAGAUGUUAAGUACAAAGUCAAUGAAUAUCAAUAUUAUGGAUUAUUGUUGAAAGAUGGAUUUAUUACAAUGAAUACUUUGAUUUCUUAUUGGAACAAGAAAGAUGAUUCUGGAAAAUUGAUCUUUCAACCUCUUUGUAAUAUUGAAAGUUUGGUUGACAUUUCCAUGAGUAUGUUAUCUUGGUGUGGUAACAAAAAUGAAGGAAAAGAAAGAGAAUUGUUCAUAAAGGAAUAUGUUUGUCUUAUUGAAGACCCAAGUGAUCUUCAUACUAUUGAAUUUGUUGAAGAUGUUCUUGAAGAAGUUCAUCAUGUUCAUGAUGUUCUUGAAGUUCAAGACAAGGGAUUUCAAUGUGAUUCUCAUGAAGUUUUGAAAGUCUUUUGUUCAAUUGGAGUUCAAACUGAUGAUUGCUUGAGUUCUUUUGAUUCGUUUGAAGGAAUGGUGCCACAUAGAAAGCCUUUAAUCCAAGAAGUUCAAAUGGGAAUUGAAGAUAAAGAUCUUAAGUCGUCUUGUCAUUGUAUUGAAAAAGCACUCAAGUUUGAAGAAAGAUCGGAUAUUGAUGUCGAGGAACUUUAUACGGAGUUGGAAUUAUUUGAUACACUGGAAACCAAUGAAGUUAGCAACCUUAUAGAUGUUUUGAAGAUUUUGAAAGAACUUGAUUAUUUCCCAAAUGUAAGCAUUGCAUAUAGAAUAUUGUUGACUAUUCGAGUAACGAGCGCAUCUGCGAAAAGGCGUUUUUCGAAAUUGAAGUUUUUGAAAUCUUACUUAUGCUCCAUAAUGACCCAAAAAAGACUUAGCGGUUUGGUGAUGAUAUCUAUAGAGAAAGAAAUAUUAGAGAAUAUAGAAUACUAA